AUGCUGAGUAACGGUCAACCGCCGCAGAAUGCCCCGCCGACCGAGCAAGUUGCGGAUGACGAGCCCGAUGCUUGGUAAGUCAAGCCUUGUGGGAAAGGUGUGGGUGAAGGAGAGAUCUACUUUUUGUUCGCUUUCUCACGGGUCAACAAUUGACACAGGGGCAAAAGAAUAUCCGACACUGGUUGUGCAGGUAAGUUUCCCUUGCCGUCCGCGGCUUCGGAUGAGACGGACGGUGGGGUAGGCUUGAUAUGAUAACAUAAGCACAGCGGAAAAUACGAGGCUUAACGAUUGUUUCUUCGAAAAGAAGGAUUGGCGAAUGUGCAAGAAAGAGGUUUGUAACCCUAUCCGACUUCUCCGUUUGUUUGCUCCUCAGCUGCGAGCAAUUGGUGGCGGAAUUUGGGCUAAGGCCCUCCUACGAACCAGCACAGAUGGAAGCCUUUAAAGAAUGUUGGAGGUUGAAGGGAAAUAGGGAUAGAACAGACUCCAGAGUGAAUUGA